GGAUGAUAAACAUGUGUCGUGUUGAUAUAAAAAGAACGUGAACACAGAAAUCUGUUUACUACAAAAAGAUGUUUUUUCUAGUGUAGUGUUAUAAGUAUAACUGUCGUAAAUACAUUAUCAAAAAUGUUACCGGGUUAUGGUGCAGUAACUCAGGCCCUUUUAGGGACACUUUUGACGUGGGGGCUUACUGCUGCUGGGGCCGGUUGUGUAUUUUUUAUCAGAGGAAAACAUAGGAAAUUAUUGGAUGUUUCCUUGGGAUUCGCGGCCGGUGUUAUGACCGCAGCAUCGUAUUGGUCUCUCUUAGAGCCAGCAAUCCAAAUGUGUGAAGAAUCUGGCUUGUAUGGAGACAAGGGGCAGUUCGCUUUCAUACCUGUGGCUGCUGGAUUUCUAUUUGGAGCUAUAUUUGUAUUUGCAACAGACAGAUUCCUGGAUUACUUAGGAAUAAGUUCAACAAACAUGAUGAUAACUAUAACAAAGAGUAAGGAAUCAAAAGAGAAACUAGAAGAUUUAGAAAUGAUGACGGCGCUGAACAGGCGGCCUUCGAACCCCACAGUAGUGACGAUGGAGAACCAGCCGGCGGAAUUCGCUGACUGCAUAAAUAACCAGCACACGACGCAGAGGAGGAGGGGACAUCACACCCAGAACUCUUUGAAAAAUGAUCUGGGUGAAAGUGAAAGACGGGACAGUGCUGCCCGGGCCCUGGAGGCCAGACAGUCGCAGUGGAAGAGGAUAAUGUUGUUGGUGGUGGCCAUCACCGUCCACAACAUCCCUGAGGGGCUGGCGGUAGGAGUUGCCUUCGGUGCUGCAGCGCAAUCAUCGAAGGCAUCCUUCACAAGUGCCAGAAAUUUGGCACUCGGUAUCGGCAUUCAGAACUUCCCAGAAGGUCUGGCUGUGAGCCUGCCUCUGCAGUCUGCAGGCUUCUCCGUGUGGAGAGCGUUUUGGUACGGCCAGUUGUCGGGGAUGGUUGAGCCGGUAUUCGGAGUGCUAGGCGCCGUGGCUGUGGCAGCUGCUCAGCCGGCCCUACCCUAUGCCCUCGCCUUCGCCGCGGGCGCCAUGAUCUACGUGGUCGCUGACGACAUCAUACCCGAAGCCAACGCCUCUGGAAAUGGAAAGUUGGCGACUUGGGGUUGCAUCAUCGGCUUCUUGGUCAUGAUGUGUCUAGACGUCGGGCUUGGCUAGAGAACCUCGCGCCCUCGCCUUCACACACGACGCACACGUUGGCAACUUAUUUACACACGGCUUCCGUACAGCAUAUCGUGUGACUCUUUUAUAAUAUUUUUGUAGUAUAACUACAUAUACGGUUGAUUUUAAUUAAAUUAAAUUAUAUAUUUCCAUAAUUGUACCAAUAUCCUUCGAUACAUAGAAAAGCAAACCUUAAACUUGAAAAAAUAUGACUUUUAUAUUCAUGCAUUAUCAAUUUUUGUCGGAAAUCAAUAGGUGCUAUUAAGUACAUUUUUUCAUAUUUAUUUUUCGAUGUUAGGUAUUUAUAUGUUUUGACGCAUUUAAAGACAUUUAACUUAGUGUACUUAAUAUGAGAACUUGUGCUUAUUGCGAACUCUGAGGUAUAACGAAAUGCCAAAUAUAAUAUAGUGUAUAUGUAUUGUGUUAGUUGUAAGACUAAGAUAGCCUUUACACGCGUAAAGUUAUACAUAUUUAUAACGUAGCUGUUUAUGUUACCCUGGUACAAUAUUGAAGCAAUUCUAUAUUAUUCUUAUGAUUUUAAUCAUAAUCUCUGGUAUAAAAAAAAGCAAGUCGAAUAGGGGGAAGGUAAAAAACAACCUACCCGGUAAGUGAUAAGAAAAAAACAAUUGCCUUUUUUCUUAAUGUUCGUAAUAUCUGAAUUAAGCGCACAUUAUUGUCAACUUAUAUAUAUAUGUUUACCAGUAGCUUUCUCAUGUAAGAGUAAUUAAAUUAUGUAUUAUUGAGUUGGAAUGACUUUUUUAAUAAUUGUAUGAUACCUCGUUCGAUGUAUGUAUCAACUUGACUUGAAAAGUAUUAUAAAUUAUAGUGACGUGUAUAGUGAAAGCAAUAAUUUGUUAAAUAUUAUGAUAAUUAUGAAUUAUUUAUGUAAAAAUUUAGUUAUAUAUACCUACGGUAAAUUAAAACAACUGAAGAAUUAUUUAUAAUAUUUUAUUUUAAUUAUGACAUUCAAAAGGACAUUAAAAUUUGGAAUAAUAAUAGUACAACGACAUCUUAUCGGUUUAUGAUAGAACCAUCUUUGAUAUUUCUAAACGAAAGUCAUUCAUUGACAUAGUGUAUGCCAGUGUUUCUCAACCUUUUUUAGGCCAUGCCCCACCUUAACAUUUCUAAAAUAUUUAUGCCCCCCAUACAUAAUUUUUUACCUUUAAAAAUUGAUUUGUUCCCUUAAGUAAUACAUAAUGUUUUUCUGGAAGAGAUCACUAUAAAAUUGUUUAUAAAAACGUGGGUAAAAUUUCAAAACAUAUAAUGAAAAACUGAAAUUUAAAAUAAUUUUAAUAUUGAUUUUUCCAUAUUCAUUUAGUGUGAUGCUUGCUGCACAUAGAUUUUAUAUUAAGUUCCAAUUGACUUAGCUUUAAUCUCAAGUCUCAGCGUUGUGUUAUAUCAAGUCGAUUUAUUUUUUUAUCGGUAAAUCAUUUACAGCACUAAAUCCACAUUCAGCUAAAUAUGAAGAUGGAAACGGUAGUAAAAGUUUUGUUGCACAUUCUUGGAAUUUAUCUUUUUUUUUAAAUUUGUCAGCGAUAUCUAGAAUUGCUUUUAAAUAACCCAAAGCGAAAGGGUUAAAGUCGUGCCGAGUCCAUUUUUAAAUUGACCCCUUAAGUAUCAAAUUGCCCCACUGAAACAGUGGUGUAUACACUUCUAGUACAAAGUAAUGGAAUUGGUUCAUUUGAAUGUUGAGAUCCCUGGUUAAAGUCAUAAAGUUGUAAUAACUACCCACCAGGAAUUUCACAUAUGUUUGUAUCGAUUGGGAGGCUCCUUUGCACAGGAUACCGGCUAGAUUAUGGGUACCAUAACGGCGCCUUUUUCUGCCAUGAAUCAGUAAUGUAUAAACAUUACUGUGUUUCGGUCUGAAGGGCGCCGUAGAUACUAGAUUAACUGGGCAAAUGAGACUUAACACCUUAUGUCUCGAGGUGACGAGCGCAAGUGUAGUGCCGCUCAAAAUUAUUGGGUUUUUUCAAGAGUCCUGAGUGCCAAUUAAUUGUAAUGGGCAGGGCAUAUCUAUUACUAUCAGCUGAACGUCCUGCUCGUCUCGUCCCUUAUUGCCAUAAAAGAUAAGGAAAUUUUGUUUCGUUAUAGCUACCCCGAUACUCGUGAUUUGAAUGUAAAAAUUAUUUAAUUGAACAAAAGAAUGAAUAUUAAUUCCUUGUAAAUAAUAUUACCACCGUCCGGUUUCUGAAAGGUUCUAGAAACAUUCUAUAACAUGCCAAAAAUAGUCAAUAUAAUAUGUAAUUGAAAAGUGUUAAAUAAUCCAUUAGUUUUUAAAAUCAAAUUUAGGCGAAAAAUAGAGAUUGUCAAGUGUCUUUGAGAAAUCGGACCAAAGGAAAGUUCCCGAGCUAAGUAAUGUAUUGUACAAAGUACUUAAGGAAAUCUACUGAAAUUGUAACAAUGUUUUUUACGAGAAUGUUAUAUAGAUGCCUUAUAAAUAUUAAUUUAUUUGUUUUUCAUUAUUUUAAUACAUUACGUAUAAAUUACA